AUGCCAAGCUACUUCUAUAGAGGCAGAGAUGGCACAUACACUUUCGGUUACGACGUUUUGGAUCCGGAAACGGGAAAUACUCAAUUUCGCUCCGAAGAACGGUAUCCGAAUGGCACAGUAGUGGGAAACUAUGGUUAUAUAGAUGCCCUGGGCAGGUCUAGGCGGUACGACUAUGUUGCUGAUGAUAAAGGCUACAGAGUCACAAGUAACAAACUGCGACAGGAGAGCUAUCAUGCACCAAGCAGUUUAGUUAAAGAACCGGCUACAGAAGAACCAGUGGUGUGGACGAGACCGCCUAAACGCAAAACUCUCAAUAAAACAAAAACAAUAGAAAAAAGACAAUUCAAUCGUAUUCAACCCCCGACUUACCCGGUAGAUAGGGUAAAAGCACCCAUUAAAAGCGAUUUAAAAGACGAAAAACGAUACCCCAACGGCACAGUCAUUGGAAAAUACAUUUACAAAGAUAAGGAUGGGAAUCCCGUUCAUGUGAAAUAUUUUGCGGACGAUUCUAGUUACGGGUUGGAAUUAAAAAGUUUCAAAGUAAUCGAUUCAAGGUAUCCAGAUCUUAAAGUCAAACAGGAAAGACCAGAAACAUCUCCAGAAUUAGAUGACUCAAACACUAAACCAGAAAAAGGUUUUGAACUGUUUGACGAUAGGAAUCCGCCGAAACCAAAGUCAGAGUUUGAGAUUUACAUGCAGAACGAUUUGAAGUCGGGGAAUUGCGGUACGGAGAAGAAUAUAGCCCUGGUCGUCUUAAUGGCUGUUUGUGUGUGUGGGCGCAUGACAUACCCAAAACUAGCGGACUUACACCCGGAAGGAAGCUUUGUGCAGCCCCUACAUAGGCCUUUGAUACAUCACUAUAUUCCAGAAGAAGAACAUGUCGAUUAUUAUGCGUAUCCAAAGUACGUGUUCAAAUAUGGCGUAAACGAUUUUCACACCGGCGAUAUUAAAACUCAUCACGAAAGUCGGGAUGGAGAUGUAGUAAAAGGUCAGUACUCUGUGGUGGAACCAGAUGGUUCCAUUCGUACUGUGGAUUAUACUGCUGACAAACACCAUGGUUUCAAUGCUGUCGUGCACAGAACGGCUCCAAUUUCACCACAUGAAGCGCACUUUAUUCAUUAA